GAGACCAAACCUCUGGCGCAGUUAUUUGAAAAUCUCAUGAAGAAACAUACGGAAAUAAAAAAUCAACAACUCAUGCAAUUCAUCUCGAAAGCCGUACCGUACGGAAUCGACCCACCCAAUCCGAAAAUUGCAGAGUAUGAAACCUUUAAAUCCGACAAAUCAGCAAACUUCCUACGAGAUGGCAAUGGAAAUGUUCUCUUUAGACAGUACAGACGGUUACGUCUGGGAGAUGUAAGUUUCUUGGUUUGUAACCUAAGAAAAUCCUAG